AUGUCAGUGCCACCUUCGCGGGCACACUCUGAGGUACAGUACUCUCCCGCCCUACAGUACCCCCUACAGUACAAGAUUUGCAGGUGUUCUCAGCGAGUCAAUACGGUGGUGUGACUACGGUGGUGCCGCCUCGCCCGCGAUCCUAUAUAAAUUAUUUCAUUUUUCCGUCGGCCGUACUUCAUGUCGUCGGAAUUGCGUGUUUAGCGGCACUUUGGUAUUAUUUGAGGUAAUUCUAAGCUAGUGGAAGACAAAUACUUGAACUUUUUGGGUCUUGACACGAAAACAAAUUAGUACUGUACUUUAAAAAAAUCAAGAAUUGGGUCUUGACACGAAAAAUUGCAUUUAUUUUCUAAACUAUGAAGUUAUUUACAAAAACUAUAAAACUACAGUGUAGUUUAGCCUCAGCAAUCUAGGAUUUGAGUUCACCGAACAUUCACACAAACAUUUGGUUUUGAUUUAAAUUCAUCGGCUAAUCUUUUCUUCUCUCUCCCCCUUUUUUAUAAAAAUUGUGCGACGGACACUUGGCUGGCGCGACAUGUUGCUAUCUCUUGUGUGCGACAAGACUCCGCCCCUUUUUUUCUUUUUUUCGCUUUUUUGGGGGAAACUUUGGUUUUUGAUGAAAAUGAGGGAAUUUUUGAAAUUGAGGAAAAAAGUGAGAUGUGGAUUUUGUAGAGAAUUUCAAGGGCUACAAGGGGAUGUGAAUUAGAGUUAGAGGAACUUGGGAUUUCGAGGAGAAAAUUGGGAAAAACUGAAAUUUUCGAGGUUUACGGGAGUUUCCUCAAUUUUAUAUAGUUAAAAUUUAGCAAAUCCAGUACUAUUAGGUGUCAAAAUGUAGAGAAUUUCAAGGGCUACAAGAUGAUUAGAAUUAUAGUUAGAGGAACUUGGGAUUACGUAGGGGAAAAUGACAAAAACCAAAAUUUCCUGAGAAUUUUGAGGGUUUCCUAGUUUUCCCUAAUUUAUCCUAUCAAAAAAUUCACCAAAAUCAGGGUUGUUGGGUGUCAAAAUGUAGAGAAUUUCAAGGGCUACAAGGGGAUGUGAAUUAUAGUUAGAGGAACUUGAGAUUUCGAGGAGAAAAUUGGGGGAAACCAAAAUUUCCUAGGAAUUUUGAGGAUUCCCAAGUUUUCCUUAAUUUAUACUAUCAAAAAAUUUACCAAAAUUAGGGUUGUUAGGUGUCAAAAUGUGGAGAAUUUCAAGGGCUACAAGAUGAUGUGAAUUAUAGUUAGAGGAACUUGGGAUUUCGAGGAGAAAAUUGAGAAAAACUAGAAUCAUCUAGUAAUUUUGAGGGUUCCCUUAUUUUGUGGCCCCCAAAUUUUCACCAAACCCAUCAUAUUUGGUAUCAAAAUACUCCAAUUUUCCCAAGCAUCCCAAAAAAAACCCUCAAAAAUGUUCCAGAUUCACCAGCGUCUUUCCCUACCAUCACCGUGUGUUCUACUGUCGUGAUGUGCAUCUCUACAAGCCGAAUUUCGUUCCAGAGGAUUUCAAUGUCUACGUCUCCUACCCCUUAUUGUACACUCUAGCUUUCACAAUUCCACCGUUGGUGAUUCUGAUUGGUGAAAUCAUGUUUUGGUUGUUUAGCACAAAACCGAGGAAGAUUAUUUAUGCAAAUUGUGGGGAAUGUCCUGUGCAUUUAUUUACGAGAAGACUUUUUAGAUUUGUUGGUGAGUAAUUAGGGUAAUUAGGAGUGCUAAUUAAGCUGUUAACCUUAAGGAUCACUUAAUAAUUACGUACUUAAUGAAGAUAGUUAAAGGUUAACUACCUAGUGGUUAAUUAUUUAACAAAUUAACUGAAUAUUGCAAUUAGUAAUUAAGUUGUUAAUUAUUUACUUAACCCUAAGGAUAGGAUACCUUAAUAAUUACUUACUUACUUAAUUAAGAUAAUUAAUUAGUCUGUAAUUAAAGGUUAACUACCUAAUGGUUAAAUUAACUGAAUAUCGCAAUUAUUGUUAAUUUUAUCUUAACUAAUUAAUUAACUUAAACUUUUAAGUCUUAAAGUUGCCAGUUAUCUACUUAAAUAACAAAUUACUAGUUAAGGAUGAUAAUUACCCUAAUUACCCUAAUUUUCCAGUAAUCUACUUGGCUGGUUUAUUAAUUGUUCAAAUUUUUGUGGACACAAUCAAAUUGAUGACCGGAUAUCAACGCCCCUAUUUCCUGUCGCUGUGUAAUGUUUCGAUCACGUGAGUUCUUCUUGCCACGUGGAUUUUUCAAAACUCUCAAAAUUUCCAGAGCCUGCACUGCCCCACUGGAACACUCACCCUCCCCCUCACCACAUUUGGCGUGCAAUUAUCGCGGAGCCGAUGAGUUGCGAUAUGCCUGGUUGACUUUUCCGUCACUUCAUGCCGUUGUUUCGUCGUAUGCUUGUUGUUUUGCAUCGGUAGGGGAUUUUUUUCGGAAUUUUUUCUGAAAACCUGAGGUAGGGCUAGAAAUUCUGAGCAAAAUGAGUCUGAAUUUGACCUAGGAAUUUUUUUUUGAAAAAAUUUGAAUUUUAAUCGAUAACCAAUUGUAUAGCAUUGCUCAUGAUAGAAAUUCUAGAUUUCAAAAAAAUAGGGCAAAACUAGACUUUUAAACCAUUGCUCAUAUUACUCUCAAAAUUAUCACUAUUGCUCAUAUUAAUCAUGAAUGACAGAAUUUCGAAAAAUCUCCGAAGUUCUAAUAAACCCCCUAAAUUUUGAGCAUUGCUCAUAUUAAUCUCAAAAUUAUCACUAUUGCUCAUAUUAAUCGAAUAACCAGAAAUUUUCGUAAAAGUCUCCGAAAGUCUAAAAAAAACUCUAAUUUCAAGCAUUGCUCAUAUUAAUCUCAAAAUUAUCAACAUUGCUCAUAUUAAUCAUAAAUGAUAGAAAUUCUAAAAAUCAGAAAUAUUCCUAAAAAUCUCCAAAGAUAGUACCAAGUCUAAAAAAAACUCUCUAAAUCUCAGGCAUUGCUCAUAUUACUCUCAAAAUUAUCACUAUUGCUCAUAUUAAUCAUAUAGUGAUAGAUAUUCUAAAAAACUUCCAAAGGUCUAAAAAAUCUCAGAUUUUUGAGGAUUGCUCAUUUUAGUUCAAAAUAGGCUACCAUUGCUCAUAUUAGUCGAAAAAUGAUGAAAAAUCUUUUUUUAAAAACCUCUACAAAUUUCAGAAAUCACCGAGGGUCUAAAUAAACCAAACAUUUUAAGCAUUGCUCAUAUUACAGCUCUACAUCUAUUAUAUGAUAAACUUACGUGGUGCUCCAUUGCUCCGCCCACUUUUAAUCUUCGGAUUCAUGGGUCUAUGCAUCGUCGACUCAUUUUCCCGUAUCAAUGGCUACAAAAAUCAUUGGCGUGAUAUUUGGGUCGCAUGGAUUAUCGGCUGUUUUAUGGCGUGGUUCUUGUGCUAUUGUGUACUGUGUUUCCAGGAGGUCUAUCAUAUUACUGUAGAACGAACACCGAUUGUACAGGAGGAGCGGGUUUCACCGUUCUUCUCCUGGUUUAGACUGCCAAGAGUGCAGGCGCCGAGUGUUAAGGAGGAAUAUGUGUGAGUUAGCGGGUAGCGGGGGUCGAACCUGUGACCUUGAGAUUGACAGUUGCCAACACUACCACUGAGCUACAUUCUUCUCGUGGGGAGCGGGAAAUUCAAAUAUUCAAAAUUUUUCAAAAUCCUUAUUUCAAAAAUAACAUGAGCAAUGCCUCAGAUUUUAGAAAUUUGAAGAAAAAUCUGGAAUUUUGGCUGAAAUUUUUGAAAAUCGUAAGGAUUGCUCAUGUUAAUUGAAUUUUUGAAUUUUUCUAAAGAAUUGCUCAUGUUAGCUUUGUUAUGGACUAACAUGAGCAAUCCCCGGAAUUUUAAAAAGUUCAGAAAGUUUUUCAGAUUUUUCUCGGAAUUUCUGAAAUCUAAGGCGUUGCUCAUGUUAACUGAAUUUUUGAAUUUUUCUAAAGUAUUGCUCAUGUUAGCUACUAACAUGAGCAAUCCCUGGAAUUUUAAAAUUUUCAGCAAAAAUUUUGAAUUUAUUUUUUAUUCAGAUUUUUUUUCGAAAUUUCUGAAGACCGAUAAAUUUUGAGGCAUUGCUCAUAUUAGCUUUCUUUCGGACUAACAUGAGCAAUCCCUGGAAUUUUCAAAAAUUUGAGCCAAAAUUCCAGAUUUUUUCUCGAAAUUUCUGAAAUCUGAGACAUUGCUCAUGUUAAUUGAAUUUUUGAAUUUUUCUAAAGAAUUGCUCAUAUUAGCUUUGUUUUGGACUAACAUGAGCAAUCCUUGAAAUUUACAUAAUUAAGCCACGUGGAUUCUCGGGAUAAAAUUUAUAUUUUUAAAAUUUUCAAAAAAAAAAUUUUUUUCUAAUUCACGCGCCAAAAUAUUUCCACGUGGAUUCUCAGCGCGAAAAUUUGAAUUUUCAAAAUUUCAUCCACUUUCUUUGCAGUGUCUACGAAGAAGACAUUGAUCGUCAACCGGAAGGAACAAUGCCACGUCAUAGGCGAAAUCGAGAUCGACAAUACGAAGUUACCACAACUACCGAAUCGUUCCAUCGAACAAUCAGUCCACCAAGUCAACAACAAAAUGGUGGAUAUGCUUAUUAG